UCUUUAGACAUACUCUGUCUAAUGUAUGUAUUACUAUGUCUGCUAAGGAUAACCUAUAAUUUCUAAUUAAUAGCUGUAUAUUUAGCCAAUAAUUAAUACGAUAUUUUAACACAAAAUAAUUAGAUUGUGUAUCGUUUCACCAUUAUACAAAUAACGCAAUACAGAAAAAUUGUAUUCAUUCAGAAUGGCAGGGUAUGAGAUACGAAUUGCUAAUUGCAAAAAAGGAAAAAGUUUAUUUGCAACAAAGCAAUAUGAGCAAGGAGAUGUUAUUUUAGAAGAGGAUCCCUUGGUAUCCUGUCAGUUUGCAUGGAAUGCUGCAUACAGAUAUUUGGCAUGUGAUCAUUGUAUGAGGCCAUUAGAAACUCCAGAACAGAAUGUCAGAAGGCUGUCAUGCAAACCUGAUAUAGUUUUACCACAUUCAAAUUGCUAUGAGUCAAACCUUGAAAAUGUGACAACAUGUGACCAUUGUGGUGUGCUGUACUGCUGUGAGAGUUGCAAACAGCAGGCAUAUGUUAUAUACCACAGAAGUUUGUGCCAUGACAUAAGUGAUGUUCAGCAUCCUGUCAUGGUUCUCUUGGAGGCUUGGAAGCAAAUGCACUAUCCACCAGAAACUACGAAUAUAUUGUUAUUAGUAAGGAUAUUAGCAUACAUACAACAGAGUCCUGACCCAACAGCUGCCGCUGCCAAAAUCAAGCAGUUUUGUCAUCGUACAGUGAAUGAAGAUGCUGAGCUGGUGCACAAACUACUGGGAGAUCAAUUCACUGACCAGUUGAAUACACUAAGAGAGUUGACUGCUAACGUUAUCAGUGGAGAUCAUAUUCAGCAGUUUCUUACACCAGAUGGUUUCUGUACAUUAAUGGCACUAAUUGGAACCAAUGGGCAAGGAAUUGGCACGAGUCCUCUAGCUAUGUGGGUAAACAACGUACUGGAGCUCACUAUGUCUGAUGAUGAAAGACAACAGCUUGAUCUGUUUAUUGAUAAACUGUAUCAAUAUGUUGAAGAAGAGUCUGGCACAUUUUUAAAUACAGAAGGUUCGGGUCUUUACCAGCUGCAAAGUUCAUGCAACCAUAGUUGCGUACCAAAUGCUGAAUCUUCAUUUCCAUAUGGCAACCAUAGGCUACAAUUGAAGGCAUUGAAGACAAUCAUGCCUGGUGAUGAAAUAUGUAUCAGCUAUUUGGAUGAAUGUUCAUUACAAAGAUCGAGGCAUUCCAGGCAGAAAGAAUUGGCGCAGAACUACUUGUUUGUAUGCUGGUGUGAACGCUGCAGUGCUCAAUCCUCCCAGCCUGAUUGCACAAGUGAAGAAGAUAUGAGUGAUGAAGAAGUGGACGCAGAUGACUGAUGCUCCAACUUGCUUGCCCUAUGCUUGUUGGGCAUAUAAUGCAGCGAUGGACUGUGAUCUUGUAUGUGCAGUGAUUCCACAGUGUUACACUGUAGUUUAUAGAUCAAUAAUGUGCUGCAUUAUUAAGAUACUGUAAGUUAAAAGUCAAGUGAAGUGAUACGGCACUAUUUGAAUGAACUACUAAUGUGCUAUGUAGUAUGUAUAGUAUUGAAAAUGUAUAGUUUUAAUUGAGAUGGUAACAUUUAAAUGUUAAUGAAGCAGAAUGAAAAUUACGAGGAUGAAAUCUUAGGCUUUUAAAAGUAUAAUGCAUUAAUUGAUUGAUGUAUGGGUAAUGUUGAGCUUGCUUUAUGCAAUAUUAAGUGCCAGUUAGGUUUCACAGGUUCAUUCGCGUGAUACUAAAAUGUAACUUGGCUGGACACGUUUCCGCGUGUCUAGAUUAAAUUAAAAAUGUAGCCUAGUAUGUUACUUGCAGUGUGGCUUUCUAUUUAUGAAUGAAUUUGUUAUGGAGUGAAUCGAUUUGGUGCUUCCGAAUAUUUAUUAGGGACUACUGAUUCGAUUCUUAUAAUUAAUUUACAUAUGUAACAAACAUAAUUUACAUCUAUAAUAUAUAUUGAUGUAAAUUAAUAUGUAAACAUCGAUUAUAUAAAUACUAUAUUAUAUAUUUCGUUAUUUUAACCGCAAUAUUAUAUUUUAGUGAAUAUCAUGUUUUGUAACUUCAUGGCAGUAAAUCGGCUGGACUGGUUUUGACAAAUUAUAUAUUAUUUCAUUCGUGAUGUACCACUGUCACUCUAAGCAAAGUGGCAAACGAAUCUAUCAAUAGACAUUAUCACUAUCAUAUAAAGUAAGUAGAAGGGAACAGCAAAGUCUGGCGUCUUGUUCUUUGUAAUGCAUGCUGUAACGAAAAUGUUCCUACCGAUAAAUUCGUUUGAAACUUAUCUAAGAGGCCAGGGUGUUUGACACUUAUAGAGAUAUUUAUGUGCAAACAUACAUAAAUACUGUUAUUUAAACUAUAGAUAUAUGUAUUUUUUUUUUCAAAAUUAUUUGGUUCGCGAUUAGGAGAUGAGUAUUAAGCUUAAGCGUCUUAGUUGACUUAAGCUGCGAUUUGAUACAGCAUAAAUCUAAAUAUAUUUUUUUGACUGAUUAUUUUUUAGUACUUUUAGUAUAUAUUUUUUUAUUAUGUAUUUUUAUCAUGAAUAAAGGACUUCAGAAUGGAGGUUCUCAAUUAGACUUUAUUUUUUUAUGUUUAAGUUUUAUAAUAUCUUCGUCAACUCUGAAUGCAUUUUCGACCAAAUGUAGUAAAUGUGUUUAGUUUUAGGAGUUAGUCUAUGGCCUAAAUUUAAAAUAUAAAUAUUUUGGUUGUUAAAAAUAUUGAUAGUGGGAUCCUAUUUAAAGCAAUUUUACAAUAAGUAUUAGACUUUUUAGAAUCUAAUUCCAAUAGAGUUUAGAUAAAAUUCUCGAUUGGCCAAAAUAUUUAAAUACCAUUUACUCUAUAAAGAUACUUGAAUAAGGACCAUAUUUUAUAAAUAAAAAAAAAAAAAGAUGUUAUAUUAUUUACUACUCGUAUGUUCAUAUAGAUAUUUAUUUUUACAGGUUUGAAAUAAAAAAUUACUACUAAUGCUUUAAAUGUAUUAAUAUUCUCAGUUUACAAAAAUUAAUAAAAAAUGCACGGUGACUAGGUAGUUAGUGGGAUGCUCGGAAACGCAAUGUUUUAAGAUUUACUGUGGUAGUAACUGUAGGUUUGUAAUUACGCGCUGGAUUUGUCAUCGAGACACAUAAAUGCUAAACCACGCUUUGGAAUAAGCUCCUAGUAGAAUUAUUUACGAAACGAUACGACAUAGUAACCUACAAGAGCAUAUUCCUUUUUAAAUUGCCAGCAUCACUAAUGACAAAUGAUAAAAUUGAUUUUAGUUCACAAUGAGUUAUUGUCGCACUGGCCACUAUAUGAAUUUAUAUUUAUAUUGAAAGUAAAAUAUAAAUUUUAAUUUUUAUGAUAAGAGAGAAUGAAUAGAUUAACAUUCUGUAGGGCCCAGUCGGCCGUCUUCUGUGAUUUCACACAAUUCUGACAAUUCUGAUCGUUUAUUAUAUGGCCAUAAUAAAAUGCCUAAAAAUGCACAUUAACAUUUAUUAUUCGAGAUUGGCAUUACCCCAUUAUGUUUGAGUCGUGUUUGGAUCGUACGCUUUAGCAAUACAAUAAAAAAAAGACAACGACAGUAUAUACCGAAUGUAACUAUUUAUUGUGAUAGAAUGAAUUAUGUAAAUAUGAAUUAAAUAUUACAGGUAAAGAUAUAAAUGAAAAAAUAAAAAAUGGACUUGAAUUUAUUUUAAUUUUAUUUAGCAAUUUUAUCUAUGACGUAUGCGUGUGCUUCGUAUGAUUGGGGAUUUAUUGUUGACGAUACCAUCUGUUAAACUAAACCUUAUGUCUUAUAAUGUAAGGUUUAAUUUUCUUUCACUGUUUAACGUCUACUAAUGGACGUUGUAUUGAGAAAGAUUUGAUAUUCAUACAUCUUAAAUGUUGUUGUUUUCAAGACGCCAUUUCUAGACAUAGAUAUGCACACAGGUAAAAAAAUAUUGGUCCAAAUAAAUAUAAUACAAUAGAUAUCUAUGAAUUGUAGAGGGGGGCCUACUAAAUUUAGCCUAUAUAGCAACUGUUUAACAUAUGAUAAUGAAUAAUGUAUUCAAUAUGUCAAAUUAUUGCAACGAUAAGAGUAUUUUCGGAAUGUUUGUAGCUAAGUGUUAACUAUAUUUAGAUGUUUCUAUGUAGUAUAGAGGUAUGCUCGCACAUUCUAUAAUUUUCCAUUCAUUUUCCUUCCAUCAUUGAUGAAGAAACUAGUUGGCAUUUUGAAUUUGCCUGCUUUAUAAAUUAUCCUAGCUUUCUAUUUAAAAAAAAAAAAAAAGUUGCCGGCCUUUUUUG